AUGACGCUGCUGAUGGUCUCGGUUGAGUCGGACCUCUCAAAUGAAGAGUGGAAGUCUCUGAGUAACCCACAGAGCAGGACCCUGAAUGUGGAGUACAUGUUUGGCAUUGUUGGCGUGCCUAUCAUCGAAGUGGCCAUGGCUGCCCAAGCAGCGGGCAUCAAGUAUGUUGGCAUGCGUAAUGAACAAGCAGCCUGCUAUGCUGCAUCUGCUAUUGGGUAUUUGACAGGAUGGCCAGCUGUGUGCCUAGUUGUGUCUGGACCUGGGCUGAUUCAUGCGCUUGGAGGAAUGGCCAAUGCUAACAUGAACUGCUGGCCUGUCAUUGUUAUUGGCGGCUCAUCUGAUAGGAACCAAGAAACCACAGGAGCGUUUCAGGAGUUUCCUCAGGUUGAAGCUUGUCGUCUGUAUAGCAAGUUUUCUGCUCGACCAAGCAGCCUUGAGAUGAUACCAGCUGUAGUUGAAAAAGCUGUAAGGAGCAGCAUUUAUGGCCGUCCAGGAGCAUCCUACAUAGACAUAGCUGGAGACAUGGUGAACGCCAAAAUAGACCGGGCCAAUGUCAGGUUUGUUUCCUGCUGUCCUCCUGCUCCUGUGAGUCAGGCUGACAGCAGGGAGAUCACACAGGCUGUCAGGCUGCUCAGAGCGGCUCAGAGGCCUCUGAUCAUCAUCGGCAAAGGUGCGGCGUAUGCCAGGGCAGAGAAGGAGGUCAGGGAGCUGGUGGAGGUGACUGGGAUCCCUUUCCUUCCCACACCUAUGGGGAAAGGAGUACUGCCAGAUGACCACCCUAACUGUGUUGCUGCGGCCAGGUCCAGAGCUUUACUGCAGGCUGAUGUUAUAGUGUUGCUGGGUGCCAGACUCAACUGGAUCCUGCACUUUGGUUUUCCACCUAGAUUCAGUCCCCAUGUGAAGAUCAUUCAGGUGGAUCUGUGUGCUGAAGAGUUGAGUAAUAAUGUGAGAGCCGCAUCUGCUCUACUUGGAGACAUAGGAGCUGUGGUCAGACAGCUGUUGGAAACUGUAAGAUCCUGGAGAUUUCCUUCUGAUUCACAAUGGUGGUUGACACUGAAAGAGAAAAUGACUGCCAAUGCUCAGAUAUCAAAGAGUCUUGCUCUCCGGUCCACUCUGCCCAUGAACUAUUACACAGCGUUCCACCACAUUUCUGAGCUCCUGCCCAAAGACUGCAUCAUAGUAAGCGAGGGAGCGAAUACUAUGGACAUCGGCCGCACCAUGCUGCUCAAUGACCUCCCACGACACAGGUUAGAUGCUGGUACUUUUGGCACUAUGGGAGUGGGUCCAGGAUUUGCCAUUGCAGCAGGAGUUUUGGAGCAGACGCAGAAGAGCGCUCAGAGAGUGGUGUGUAUAGAGGGAGACAGCGCCUUCGGUUUCUCUGGAAUGGAGGUGGAGACCAUGUGCAGGUAUAAACUGCCAAUCAUCAUCAUAGUAAUCAACAACAAUGGCAUCUACAGUGGAGUGGAUCCAAAGACAUGGAAAGAGAUGGAAAAGAUGGGAGACAUGACCACCAUUGCUCCUCCGGUUACGCUGCUACCAGAGGCACGGUACGAGCAGGUGAUGAGUGCGUUUGGGGGUCGUGGGUAUCUGGUCCGAACAGUGGAGGAACUCCGCAGUUCUCUACAGGAGAGUCUGAACAACACACAAAUGCCCAGCCUCCUCAACGUACUUAUAGACCCAGCCUCAGACCGCAAACAACAGGAGUUUCCCUGGCUGACACGUUCAAAUCUGUAGAGCUGAGAGAGAUAUCGGAUAAGAUCGGAUCAUAUCUUGAUGACCAAACGCUGUUUCUUUCACUACAUUUGGUCAAUUUACUGUAGGUGGCACCAUUUCCUAUAAAAAAGAAAAGCUGUAUCAUUUAACAUGAUCUCAAUCGCUACUAAUUGAAAUUAAUUUCUGUAGAUUCCAGUUCUUUCUAUAAGUACCUAAAGGGAAACUUCACUUAAAAAUAAAAGGUCUGGGCAUCAUUUACCUCGUCGUUUCAAACAUUUAUGACUUUUUUUCUGUGGAACACUAAAGUAGAAUUGUUUUGUAAGAAUUUUCACGCACAACUUUACAGACAACAACAGUUCAUAAGGUGCUGCAGGAAUACUUGGGAACAAGUUUUUACAUUUGCACUUCCAGGUCCUUCGUCCUGAAGUCAAUAGGAUGUGACACUUCGAUGUGACCAUGUCUCUCAAACUCCCCCAAAAAAGCAGUAAAGAAGCACCAUGAAAUUGAUUCAUAUGAUUUGUGCACCAUAUUUCUACUAAGAGCUUCUGAAGUUAUUAUUCACUGAUAAUAUUCACAUCUCCCAUGCAUUCUUUUCAUUUUUAUAGUUUCUCAGCUGUAAGAUUCUUCAAAAUAGAAUGUUUUUUGUUGUUGUUGUUGGUUUGUUUGUUUUUCUUGUAUAUUUUUUUCCCUCAAAAGUCAUACAGGUUUGGAACGAGGCGAAACUAUUCCUUUUCUAGAGAAAAUGCUAACAAUAUCUAAUAACAAAUUAAAGGACAUUUGGCACUGACAGUUUAGACUAUGUACUGUAUAUUUGAUUAUUUCAAUUUGCCCAUUCCUUCUGCUCAUUCAUUUUACCUUAACCUGAUCUCAGGUCAGUGUUGUGUGCUCUGCUUCAGAGGGCUUCUGUUUAAGCUCAUCUCUGUCUCUGGGUAAUUGAGGUCUUCUGGCCUCAUCUUCUACUCUUUCAUAAAGUAUCAUUACUGUGCUGCUUUAUCACAGAGCAAGAGAGCAUCUUCUCCCUGGCUUUGACAGAUCACAGCGUCUUCACAUUUCCAGGUGUAGAAAUGUUCCCAACAACUUUACAGCAUAUAAAAGACUUAUUAAAAGAACCAUUUUCACAGCCAAAUCUGAAAAUGUUUGAAAAGGGCAGAAUGACAGGAUUGUACAAGAGCAGCGACGCUUUUAAAGCCUUAUAAUUGUUUAAUUAUUGUGCACAAACAAAAAUGGCCAUACUUGCACAUUGUAUAUUAUAGUGAUU